AUGGCUCAAGAGAGAUUAUCAAGCAUGGCCAUCAUUUCAAUAGAAACAGAAAUCGCUAGUAAAUUGGAUUACGAAGAAGUUAUUGACAAAUUUGCCGACACAAAAGCAAGGAAAAUAUCAGAAAUAAUUAAAAUACAUACUGGUGCAAACAUUGCUACUUCAAUUUCAGCUAUUUUAAUUGAGUGGGGUAUUUUAAACAAAAUAGUAACAAUAGUUUCAGAUAACGGGUCGAGUAUAAAACAUGCGAUAAAUGAACACCUUCAUAAAUAUCACCAUCCAUGUGUUGCGCAUACAAUAAAUUUAAUUGUUAAUGAUGCAAUUACUUCAAAUGAAGAGUUACUUAACGUGCUAAAAAAAUCCCGAGCAUUGGUUGGGCAUUUUAAACAUAGUGUUUCCGCGUCUACUAAAUUAAAAGAAAUACAAAAUCAAAUGAAUGUUCCCGAAUUAAAAGUCAAGCAAGACAUUAGUACUAGAUGGAAUUCUAGUUUGAUAAUGUUAGAAAGACUUAUUCAAAUUAAAGCUUCGUUAUCUGAAGCAAUAAUAUUUCUUCCUCAUGCUCCAAAUUUCUUAACUGCGUUAGAAUGGGAAUUAAUAUCUGACUGUCUUCCGUUAUUAAAACUUUUUGAAAUAAUGACAGUUGAGUUAUCUGGAGAAAAUUAUCCAACACUAUCCAUAGUUAUUCCUUUGAUACGAGGACUUCAGUAUACAUUGAGAAACAAAACGACUACAACAGCAACAGGUACUUUACUUAAAAAAACAGCAAUCGAAGUUUUAGCUAGGCGUUUAGGGAUAUUAGAAUGCAAUAAAAUAGUAGCAAAAGCUACAUUUUUAGAUCAAAGAUUUAAAAAGACAGGAUUAGGGUUAGUGGAUAAUGCAAUUAAUAUGGGAAAAUGGAUAAUAGAUAAAAUUAAUUUUAUAAUGAAAAAUACUCAAGAGAACGAAACAUCUAAUAUGCCUAUCAACGGAGAACCUAAUUUAUUAUAG